CCUGGGGGCGCUCAGUCAGUUGGUGUUCCUGUCAGGCCGCGCUGUGUUUCACCCUCACACCCAGCAUAUAUAUGUUUAUAUGUGUGUAAUAGAUAAUUUAUUACUCUGAUAUAUUACCAGAGAGUGGUGGUGUGGAAGAUGAUGGUUGGUGCGCGGGUGUUGUUGGUGGUGAUGGCGUUGUGGAUCAGGCAGGCGGUAGCUACACAGGGUAUUAGCCUGACCAACGGCGCCUAUUCCGGGGUGGUGGUGGCCCUUAGGGAUGACCUUAACCCUACUUUGUGUGCUCAAUACGUGCAGAACAUCAAGGAUAUGAUUGCAAAUGGUUCUUCAUUACUGUUCAAUGCAACAAACAACAAAGUAUACUUUGGUGACGUGACAAUUGUGGUUCCUGAAACGUGGGCGUGUGAUGGCGUUACGGACAUUAGUACCAACUCCAUGGGGCUGGGUUGGGCUGAUAGUCACCUGAGGAUUGGACCAACGCAUGUGCUCUUCAAAGACAACCCGUGGACACAACAACCUCGUCGCUGUGGCCAACCUGGAGACUUUAUCUACUUCUCUCAUAACUUCAUUCUCUCCAACACCUCUGUGAAAUCUUCAGGUAAAUUAUUGGUGCACGAGUGGGCCAAGUUCAGAUGGGGUGUGUUCGAGGAGUAUGGCCACCCCAGUGACCCCAUCUAUCCUUCAACCUACCAUACAGCUGUUGGUGUCUUUAAUCCCAAUUACUGUAGUGAUGAAAAAAUCUCUGGCACAUUCAGUAGUCAGUGUACAAACAAUGUGGAGAAGGACUGUAGCUUCACACCUGACCUGAUGUCCAAUGACAAUGUUACUUCAUCUCUCCUUGCUGCACCAUUCCUCGACUCAGUGGUGAAGUUUUGUGAUACGAGUGACCAUGACAGACUACCCCCGACCAAACACAACGUUCUCUGUAAUCAACUCAGUACUAUGGAGGUUAUCAGUUGGCACCAAGACAUGAAAUCGUCUUCACAGAACACAUUCCAGGAUACAAGUUUUUCAGUGGUAAAAGCUGAACCGGGCGAUAUCAUAGUGUUUGUGCUGGACUACAGUUCUACCAUGGGGCAGGUGCCCUCGAGGUGGGACUUCUUGCGGGACUCUGUAUGUCAGUUCAUUGAGAUGAUAGCAACGAAUAAUACCAAAGUGGGCCUUGUCAUCUUUAAUAAUAAUUGGGUUGACGGAUAUCCCCUUUUGACUCUUGACACUGUCGCCAACAGACAGGCUCUGACUAGUGUUAUCAAGAAUCUUCUUAUCCCAAGUGGCAACAAGAAUCUUUUAAUAGGAAUUUCAAAGGCAGCAGAUAUACUUGAAACAGUUGGACGAGGUACAAUUGCACUGGUGACUGAGAACCUGUCAGAAUAUACUCCAAAUCCAGCUGUGGUAUCAGCAGCAAAGGGCCAUCGAGUAGUGCCCAUACUUUACCCAUGUAACACAACGGUCCCCCAAAAUAUGUACGACGACCUUGCCACCAUUGUACCCGGCACCUCUGUCCUCACUGUGUUCAAUAAAUUGGACAAGUUUCAAGUUGGCAAUGCUGAUUAUGUGUUUCAGUCUGUGAGCAAUUAUGAAACUCUGAUGGAACAUUUGCUUACACUUGGGGGAAACUCAAUUGUUGUGGUUGCAAAGCAGAGUUGUUCUUCUUUGCAGUGUCUUAUGAUCCUUCCUGUUGCCAACAGCACACAAUAUGAAUCAGAUUUUCUAAUUGAAGUACUUCACAGCACUAGUGAAAACCCAACUUUCUAUAAUGUUGCAAUUACUGGUCCAGCAAAUAGCAUACAUACCGGUGAUAGUACAACAUAUACAAGCCUGGUCUCCAAAUUUGAAAGUCUACAGGAUGGGAACUACUUCGUGAAUGUAUCAAGACUAUUUUCGGUCACAUCCGUAAAUACUUCUUUGUUAGCGACACCAAAAACAAACAUGAGCAGUUUCCAUGUACUGGUGUGGUCAACUGAUGGACUGAGUAACUUGAUCUACACCACAACAUCUGUCCCCACACUCUUUGUGAUGGUGACACAGAUGUGGCGUCAUGUAUUACAUGCUAAUGUGACAGCUGUUAUUACUCAUAAAAAUGGAGAGACUGUCACCCUGAAGCUUUAUGACAAUGGUAUUGGAGGUGACACAACAGGCAAUGACGGAAUAUACUCGGCCUACUUGGUGGGGCUGAAUGUAAAUGUUGAUGUCAGUAUCACAGUGACUGCCACAGACAACGGCGGUCAAGCGCGUCUCCUAGGACUUGCUGCUGGUUCUGCUCCUGUCACAGAUCAAGCUUGUUGUGGGAGUAAGUUGAUCAUCCCAACUGAGCUGCUGGAUGACCCAGGAUCCUUCACAGUCUCCUCACUGGGUGUCGCAGGCCGUACUGCGGGAAAGCAGCCUAAUUCACUGCCUCCUGCUCAAAUCACUGAUCUUAAGUCUUCACAAGCUGGCUACAGUGUGUUGCUCACAUUUACAGCACCAGGUGAUCAACUGGACCAAGGCAGAGCCACAAGUUAUAUAAUACAGUACCAAGUAUAUGAAAACAACCAAAUUCAACAGGUUAAUAAGACAGAUAAGGGAACUGACACUACUGUCCAGUUUUCUCUCCUUCCACCUUACUGUGACACUCUCUACACCUUCACUGUCAUAGCCAUUAGUUCUCAAGGAACGGCAAACAAUGUCUCCAAUGAGGUUCGUAACCAGGGGUUGUGCUCUGUGCCAACUCCAAAUUUAACAAAGGGUGAAAUUGCAGGAAUUGUUAUUGGAUCUCUUCUGGGAUUUAUCAUCAUUAUUAUUAUUAUAUAUUUAUGUCUCAAGCGUGAUCACCUGGAAGAUGUUUGGCUAUGGCAAAUGCUCACGUGCAGAUGUAUUAGGAAUAAAAAAGACGAUAGCACAGUCUACAACAAACCCCCGCCUAAGUUGGCCGCCAAGAGGAGUGAUAUUAUCCGUAGCAACACAUCGGGUAACUCUGAACCAAUCCGUACAAUAAGCGACCUCUAUACCAAACCAAACUUGCAUGCUAAGAGAGAAAUCCGGAAAAACAGACAGGAGGACAUGGAUGAUGGAGGCUUUGGUGAACAUCUACGACGAAGUGAAAACAUUCAAAUGAAUGCCAUCAGUGAUAACAGUAGUCAGAGGUCAUCCCCAUACCCAAACCCAUACAACACUCACUCAACAAUGCCCAUAAAUCAGGUUGGCCUUCCCUCUGCUACAAAUCCUAACUAUGGAUAUGCUAUAAAACAGAAAUCUUAUAUGACAAACAGACCCCUGGAAGACAGUGAUGAUGGGUCUCAUGACAAUUUUGCGUAUGAUGGUUACAGUGGCAAUGGACUCCAGCCACCCAGGAAACCCAGAGUCAACACACAGGUAUAAACAUUGUGUAAAGCAACAUAUCAUCAACCAAGGUGCCAUCCUCAGAUCCAGGGGUUAGUGACCCCUACAGCAAACAUUUUUGGCUUGUGUAUCGACCUUUUUUGUGUGUUUUAUUGUAAUGAACAUUGUUUCAGAAUGUACAGAUCUUUCCUGAUAUUAUUUGUCAUUUUUUUUCUGAGCUGGUUAAACUGACAUCUAGGUUGGUUUAAAUUGCUCUUUAAACAUAUGCUUAAUUUUUCUGAUAAAAAAAAAAUCCAACUUGAUAAUCUCUAAAAGAUAUUUGUAUUAAUUUCAUUCGAGUGAUUGUAGUUUUUUUAUUUAUAAUUUAUUGUAUGUAAGGUAAGGAGCACUUGAUCCUCCCUGGGCCUUUAUAUAAAAUUUGGUCAAAAUCCUGGAGGUAGCUUCUAUGAAGUAGCUUCAAGUAUUUAAAUUAAUGAAAAAGGAUUGUAGUAAGAUGGGCCAUAAAAAGCAGAUAAGAGCGACUGUUUAUACAUCACUUUCAGUGAAUUAAUUGGUCCUGUAAUGUUGCAAAACAAGAAAUUCCAGUACAGUACAAGUAUAAUGAAAGUAUAGCAGCUCUUCUUAACCUCCAACUACAGUGUAACCCAAUUCAGUAUUACCUUGUAUACUUGAGAUACAUUUGUUACAUCAACUCUGUUUGCCAUUAUGGACCAGCGUCAACUUUUAUGAAAAUAAUCACCGUAAUGAAUCUGUUUCUCUCUAUCACAUGUCACUUUACAGCAAAUUUAUUUGUUAAAUAAUAUUAUGGUGGAAGGGGGAGGGAGAGAGACCAACUCACACCCACCCUUAUUGCUCACCAAAUUUCAGAUUUAUAUCACCCAUUAUGAAGGGAUCAUACUCUGUUAUUAAUAGUUUAACUGAAUAAAAUAUAAUUCAAGGCAGGUUAUUGUACAACUCAAAGCCUUCUUUGUGGUCAGUAAUAAAAAUACCCCUCUGUAAACUUCAAUUGGACUAAGUACUGUUCUGUACUUAUAGUUGACCAUAGUAAGGUUUUAUUGUGUACAGUACGCCUUUAGAAGUACUUAAUUUUAAUUAGUGAAACUUUGUUAAUAAUAAAAAAAUAAUAAUGAUUUGUCACCAUGAGUCGAGUAAUUUACAGCCAUUUAUUGUAGUGAAAUUCACGCCAAUUGUUUCAUUAGCAGUUGACUGAUUAAAUUAUAGUACUGUAUGUGUUGGGGUUUGUACAUUUUAAAGUUUUAUUUUGCAUAUAAUAUUAAAUGAACUUUAUGGUAACUUGACGGCCAUACAUAAUUUUCACUGUACUGUAUCUGUAGGCUACUGCUCCUUCAUAUUGUAUAUCAUCAUGUUACCAAUACCAUAAGUCUCCCCCAGGCUGUGCACUGACUAGCCCUUAUCUAAUUUCCGUACAAUAAUAACUUCCUGCAUAACAUACGUACUUUCUCUCCGCACUCACAUUGGGAUGCCAUAAUAAGAACAAAAUUCUAAAGGACUAAUUGAAAAAAAUCUCGGAGUUGAUCAUUUCAAAUUUAAAAUGGUAAACACUGACAAAAGGGUGAUGACAGCACGUGGAAAGAGAGUUGUGUAUAGCCAGGGAUUUUAUUUUGUGGUUGGAAUUGGAUUUUCAGGUUGGAGAUCACAUUUAAUAAUUUAUGUUUGUUCUGUAGAAACCAAUUAGAAAAGUCUUUAUAUAGAAUCUGUAUAGUACUACAGGUAUCCCUUGUUUAGUGCAGUUAUUGUGUUCCUGAAAAAACAUGUCAAAUGAACUGAUUUAUUGAUGUAUAUAUUAAAGGGGAAUGAAAAUCUAUAAUGUAAUUCAUGUUCGACAUAAGCACAGUCAAUGCGAUUAACAUAAUGUAACGUGGUAUCAGGAAAGGGUUUGUAAACUGCCUCCAACUUUUCUUUUGGAUUACUGUAUAUCUUUGAAAACUGGACCAUUCUCUCCACUGGGGUCGAGAAGGAGGGGAAAUUGUAAGGUACUGUACUGGACUCACUUAACCUUAAUGUACUGUACCUGUAUAUAGCAAGUUAAUAUUUUUUUGAGUACAUUUAUAUCAAACAAAAAUAUUAUUCUACGUACUGUAAUACUGUACAUUAAUAUUUCUUUCAACGCAAGCCUUCAACAAAAUAGAACCACAUUGACCAUAAUUAAAUCUGCUAAUAUCGCCGACAUUCUUAUACCUGUAUUAAAAAAACAUUAAGAUAGAUAGUGUAUAAAUUUAUAUCUUUGUUCAAUACCAUCUAACAAGAAAUGGAAUCAAAAUAUUAAAAUACAGGUAUAAAUCUAUAUAAUAUUUAGUAACCCGACUGUAUUCAUCACACUACAGUAUACGUGUAGGUAGUCUCAUCACUGUGUAUGGUAAUGUCUGCUCGCUAUCAUCUCUUCCUAUAUGUUUAUACAGUAUUAGAAAAAUUAUCAGUACGUAUAUUAUAUAAAUUAUUUUUAUUAAAUGUAACCCCCACCAGAUACUAAAAAUAUAAAUUUAUACACAGUUUGAUAAAGCGAGUGUUUUGUCCGUCCAAUAGAGGUAGUGUUCAGCUGUACCUGAGCACUUUUUUUAUUAAGAGACUCCUUGUAUAUUGUUUAUGUAGUAUUACUAUUAUCAAAACAAAUCCUUCAGAUGUAAAAAAAGAAAAAUGCAGUACUGUACGUAUAAAUGAAAUUACAAGAUGAAAAAUAACCACAACAUGGCAUAUAUAUAUAGCUCACAGGUUUGGAACGGUCAAAAAUUUCUGUGAUGUGAACAGAUGCAAAUGAAAAGACAUCUGUAAAUCUUCAUUUGUGUCAGGUAUUUGUAAAUUUAAAGUGAAUGAGAUUCUUCUCUUCAAGUGUAAGUUUUUAAUUAUUCAGAGUGAUUAUUCUUUAUACUUCCUGUUUCUAUAACUUUUCUUUUACGAAUUAUGCUUCUCAUAUGUUGGCACCGUUUUAGUACCACUACUAAUGCCAAUAACAACCAUUUCCAAAAUGCCUCUGAUGAGCUCAUUAUUUAAAUCUUGUUAUCCCCAAAUAUUCUGAUGUGCAAUUAAUUAAUUUUGUAAAUCUUAUGCGAGUGAUAUAAUUUUUUUUACUGUGCCUUUGUUGACUUACUAUGUAGGUAAGAUGUGAACCAUGAAGUGUGUCAUGAGUGGAUGUUGUGUAUCUUUUCUUUGUUCCAAUUUAUAAUUGGUCAUCAAGUACUCAAUACUAAAACACUGUAAAUAGAAAAAAAUUAGUAAAAUUUUUUAAUAAAUGGAAAUUAUGUUA